AUUGACAUCACAGCUGUUCGUUUCGUCUGCCUGUGUUCUGUGUCGCUUGAUACAAUUUUAUUUUAAUAAUUAGACAGUGAGUGAAAUUCCGUUUUCCUAACGUACAGGGAUAAUAGAGCUACCACUAGAUUAUAUUUUUCUUUAAGUGAUUGUGUGCCAGGUGCAAUCUUAUGUAGACGAUUCUUACGAAGAUCAUACGCGAAAGUAACUCAAAUACUAUGCCUCUUUUUGGUAAGUCUCAGAAGAGCCCUGCGGAGUUAGUGAGAUCUUUGAAAGAUGCGGUUACUGCGCUAGAGAGAGGUGACAAGAAAGCUGAGAAAGCUCAGGAGGAUGUGAGCAAGAAUUUGGUUCUGAUCAAGAACAUGCUCUAUGGUACAUCUGAUGCAGAACCACAAACUGAUAUCAUUGUAGCUCAGUUGGCACAGGAACUCUACAACACAAAUCUCCUGCUUCUACUGAUCCAAAAUUUAAACCGCAUCGACUUUGAAGGAAAAAAGGAUGUGGCCCAAGUGUUCAAUAAUGUUUUGAGGCGUCAAAUCGGCACCCGGUCCCCAACCGUUGAGUACAUAUGUACCAAGCCGGAGAUUUUGUUCACCUUGAUGUCAGGAUAUGAACAUCAGGAAAUAGCGUCGAAUUGUGGCACUAUGUUGCGGGAGUGUGCUAGAUAUGAAGCUCUAGCUAAGAUAAUGUUGUAUUCAGAUGACUUUUACAAUUUCUUCCGUUAUGUAGAAGUAUCAACUUUUGAUAUUGCCUCCGAUGCCUUUUCUACUUUUAAGGAAUUAUUAACUCGUCACAAAAUAUUAUGUGCUGAGUUUUUAGAAGCAAACUAUGAUAAGGUGUUUAGCCAUUAUCAACGAUUAUUGAACUCUGAAAACUAUGUCACCCGACGGCAGAGCCUCAAGUUGCUAGGAGAAUUGUUACUUGAUCGACACAACUUUUCUAUAAUGACUCGGUACAUCACAAACCCUGAUAACCUUAAACUGAUGAUGAAUAUGUUAAAAGAGAAAUCACGUAAUAUACAGUUUGAAGCCUUUCAUGUCUUUAAGGUGUUCGUAGCCAACCCCAAUAAACCAAAACCAAUACUGGACAUUCUGUUAAGGAAUCAAGACAAGCUGGUAGACUUCCUCACCAAGUUCCACACGGACCGCUCCGAAGACGAACAGUUUAAUGACGAGAAAGCUUAUCUAAUAAAGCAAAUCAAAGAGCUCAAGCCAUUAGAACACUAACACAUUUAUUUUAUUGCAUUUUAUUAAAAUCGCCACUUCCUCCUCAAAAGAAGUUAGUUAUAGAUGCUAUUAUAUUUAAACGCUUCUAAGUCACCAGAGGGUAUUGUAUCGCGCUGAGAUAGGGCUCGCAAGUCGCAAAAGGAAAAACAAAACGUAACGCCUCCACCAAACAGGUGCGGGAGGCGAUACUGACCGGUUCAAUAGUAGAUGAUCAUUUCACAGCUGUUACGAUCGCAUGCAGUAUUGAAAAUAUCGGCCGUAUUCACAAUCUAUGAGGUCUCACAGUGCGCUCGAACGUAUAGUGUAGGUUCCACCAAUCAGAUCAUUGUAAAUUGACGUGAUACAGUAAUCUGAUUGGUGGAACCUACACUGUACGUUCGAGCGCACUAUGAGACCUCAUAGUAUCGUUUGUGAAUACGGGUGUAUGUCUCUUUGAGAUAAUUCGGACAGAAUUCCGUACCUGUGUGGCGAGAGGCGAAAUUCUAGUGGAUUUUACAUUCGGUCUGUGAUGAUUCAGGGAAUGAAAGUGUAUUUGUGCUACGAGCAAAUUAACAUUUUUUUAAAUAAAGAUUUGUAGGGAUUAGUGUUAUUUUAAUGAUUUCACUUAUAUCUUUUGUAAGUUGUUAAAAUCAUUUUUUAGUUUUUAUGACCAGUUUAGUGACAGUUCCUAAGUCACAAUGGAAAAUAGUAUAUAUUUUAAUGAUAUUUUGUAACAUUACAUUAGCCUAUGAAAUAUGAACUAUUGUUGAAUAUCACAACAGAAACGAAAAUCGGAAAGUCGAGAUCUAAAGACUUGUAAAUAUGACAUCUUAUUUUUGUUUUAUUUUGUACUCACGUUAGGUAUCAGAAGCAUAGAUUGUUGAAUAUGAAGGAAAUAUAUUUUAUAUAUUGUCAGUAUUGGUUACUUAUUUAUUAUGCGAUAGUACCUAAUAUUGUUCCAUAUUUUUUCUGUAUAUUAUUACUUCGAUAACGUUUGCAAAAGUGCUUGAAACAUUGUAAUACCUAGAUACAUAAUGCAAAUUUUUCACCAUUUGUAUGGUAACUGUCAAAAUUGUUUUUGUCCUAUAUUUUAUUUUAUUUUGUCAGCAUCAUAAAUGCUAUUAAUUACAUUUUUGAAACUGAAUAAAAUAUUUGUAUCACUAUUUACUAAUUUUAUUUCACCUGCCAAAUAGAUUUUGCAUAACUUUUAGGGCACAAGUUUCGGAUAAUCGAUUAAAACAGCCAUUUCUACUAUUAUAAUUUUAUUAGAUAAGUAAUCCACUGUACACCUUACUGUUAAUUCCUAUAAUACCUAGGUACAUAUAUUUUUAAAGUAAAUUUUUCAUAUCACAAAAAAUAUAAUAUAAGUAUUAUACUUAAAAGCAAAAACAACAUGGUUUGUAAUAUUGCCUGAAGAAAAAGGUUUGUAUAAAUAUUCUAGAACUCUUAAAUAAACUUAGUAUAUGCACUCUAUAACCACGUUAUUUUCCUUAGGUGUUCAAAUAAAUUCAAUUUUUAUAGUGGUACCUAAUGCCUGUAGAACCUAAGUUGUGGUCUAAUAACCAAGCUCUUGGAUUGGUUUCAAGGGAUCCCAGGGUCCAAUCCUUUAUUUCAUGUAGCUUUUGUACUCUAGCUGCAUAGAAAUUAUGACUAAAAUUAUGAAAGAAGCGUUCUCUAAUUGUUGCAUUUCAGAAUGAAAUACCUAUACUGUUCACUGCACAAAGCAAAUACCAAUACCAAUAUUUAUCUCAAGCUUGUAAAACAUGCUUUAUCAAUGAGAUAACAAAAUUUCCAAAUCAAAACAAAUAGGUAGGAACAAAGUGCUAUCAAUACUAUAACGUUUUUCUGUUGACAGUCGAUACACAAAUCCGAAAGCAUAAUAUACGCCUACAUAAUAUAGCGGCAGUGCUCAAUUGGUCAAGAAAAUUGGCAGUGCUUAUAAGUCUUCUUUAUGCAGAUAGGUACAAUCGUCGCAAAUCUUGUUGGACUCUGGCGGGUCAUGGUACAAUUCUGUUAGUUUUUGUUACUCUUUGGCAGUCUGUGCAGGUUUGUCACGCGACUCGUCUAAUAGACCUAAGAAGCUUUGCGACGAUUUUAGACGUCU